AUUUCAGAUGACUUCACUUAAUGGAGAAUUAGAAGGUAAGAUGUCUGCACCAUGUGUCAUUGAAUUUGCAAGAGAGGCUGUUUUAAGCCCUGUGCGAAAUCUUCAUGAAGUAGCGUCAACUAACAGUACUGUCACCCUAGCAUGGGAUCAUGCCUUUCAUAAAGGCAGUGGAUAUACCAUUGUAUAUCGCCCGGAGUAUAUCAGUGACCAUUUCGUGAACACAACAAAUAUUACUGGAAGCCAAGCAACUGUGAGCAACCUGGCACCAGGUGCAAAAUAUGAAUUUCGAAUAUUUUCCUUUAAGGAAAGUUUUAUUGGACCUGAUGAAAAAAUUGAAGUUACUACUAAAGGAACUCCACUGCCAGUUGUUGCUAAUGUCAAGCAUAAAGUGGAUGGAAGUUCUAUUACUUUGUUCUGGACUCAUCCACAUGACAAGAGAGCUAGUCAGUGGUCUUAUGGUAUCUAUGUAUUUUCCCCAGAAGUAAAUGAUUUUGAAAUAAGUGGAACUACUACUGAUACCAAUUAUACAUUAACAAAUCUUAGUUCCUGCACAAUAUACAUCCUAAGAAUUCGACUUGUUGGUCCACUUGGAGUAGGUCCAGCAGAGAACGUUCUUUAUGCAUCUACAGAAUUUGACAAAUUAGCUCCUCCAAGAAAUCUUAAUGUAGCUUUGGAUACAACAAGUUUCAUGAAAAUUACUUGGGAAGCAUCUUGUUCUUCUGUAGAUUCUGAUAUAGGAUAUAAGGUCCUAAUAAAAGAUUUAGUGCUGAAAAGAAGUCACUGGAUUGGGUUGGCUGCUCGAACUGACACCAAAAUAUUUUUCCAUUAUGUCAUCCAUUAUGGUGGGAAUUACUCAGUUCAAGUCCAAACUGAUGCACCAAAUUCUAUACCUACUGAUCCUGUCUUUUUCACUGCUCCUCCUUUGCCUGUCGUGCCCCAAGUGAAAGCAUUACGAGAAAAAAAUGGUACUAUUUAUGUUACAUGGCAAGAAGUGAAAUGGCCAAAGGAUUUGAAAGAUCACAAGUUCAUUUAUAGUGUGUGGUUAAGUGAUGACAGAAGUAUGGAAAAAGCAUAUCAGUAUAAUACAACAAAGCCUCCAUUUUUCUUGCACUCCCACCCAUUUUCUUGGAGCAAAGUUUACGUAGCAGUGAAUGUAAUUGAUGAACAUGGAUAUCAUGGUCCCCUGUCAGAUGAAUAUGACCUUGGAAGUGAUGAAAGUUAUGCUGCUGUUGUUUUGACUCAGACUAGUCUUGUUGGUGUCAUUGUUGGUGUAACUGUGGUAUUUAUAUUACUUGUCGGCACAUUAGGAGUUUUUGUUGUACGUCAUCGACGUCUGCAAAGGAGCUUCUUAUCUUUCGCAAAUAGCCAUUAUGACACUAGAUCGGGAGCUGCUACCUUUUCUACUGGAGAAGAAUUAGAUGAGGAAGAGGAGUCUCCCAUGAUUCGUGGAUUUUCUGAUGAUGAACCUCUUGUUAUAGCUUGAGAAUUGUUUGUAAAAUUUCCCAGUAUUUCUUAAUUGUUCCUUUAAACAAGAUUAUUUUAUAAUAUUUUGUUGAAGCUUCUGAUUGUACCUGUUUAUUAUACUCUUAAGUUCUUUUGUUACAUCAGUUCAGAUUGCAUUACUGAACAUUGUAUGCAUGCAGUUUAGUAUGGUUUGCAUCAUUUAAUGUAGAAUAAGCUGUUAAAAUGUUGAAAUUCAGUAUAAAAGGAGCUAUGGGCAUUUGGUGUAUUACCUCAACUCCUUAUUAGUAAUGUUUUAAAUGAAUGUGUACUUGUAAAUGGUUGCGUAUGAUCUACCUGAAUUUUGUAUUCAAAUUUUUUGCCGUAAUUGUCAAAUAUGGUUAUAUACAUAUAUAUAUGAUAAAUUAUUCAUUUUUUUUCUACAUUCCAUAAUAUUUUUUAAAAUCAUCUUAUGUAUUUAAACAUACUUGUGGGAUUUCUAAAACAAUUUACUAAUUAGAAAUUAUUUAGCCAUUAUUUCUGGAAAUUGAAAAAUAUCCAAUUACUUUUGUAAGAGAUUUUAUUUGUAGUAAUCAAAGUAAGCGGUAUUUUAGAAGUUAUGUAUAUUUUAUUUGAUAAUUUCCUCUGAUCAUUUGUUUGGGAUUUUUUAAUUAAAAUUUUUUUAUUGAAAUAUAAAAAAUACCAUUUUGUGUUUAUUUUUCUGUAGAAUAUUUUGCAUUCCAUUUUAGAUGUAAGUUUUUAAAGUCGAAGAUGUUAACCAACAGUGAAGUUAUAAAUAAAUUUCAGUAAUAACAAUGAGUAUUAUUUAUAAAGUAAUUUUUCUUAUUGAAUACAGAUAAUAGUUUAAAAUUUAAACGUUUAUUUCGUAGCUUAUUGUUGAGUUUGCUGUUCUGUUUUUCCUGGUUUCCGUGUUGUUUACGAAAUCAUUACAAAAAUGUUUUGCUAUUACAGAAAUCUAACCUUUUUUUUUUUUUUUUUUUUUUUUUGUGUGUGUGUGUGUGUGUAACAGAGCAUUUUUUAUAUAUAUUGUGCUUAAUUUUUUCUUGCUUUGUUUUUUUUAAUUAGUUCUUUACGUAACCAAUUUUAAUGUACAUAAAGUGUAAUCAGUAAUUUUUAACUAUAUGGUUUUUUAUAAAUACCAAUUUUUCCUGACUUCUAUUUUCAGUUAAUUUUAUGAAUUUAUUGUAAAUGGCUUUUAGAUUAAUUCUAAAUAGCUUUCAGAUUUUUGUAAAGCACGAUUAAAUAUGCUAAUAUAUUUUAUUAUAUUUUAUUUAUACACAAAAUAUACAUGUAUAGGAUGAGCUCAGGAGCAAAUUAGUUUAUUUAAUGAUUUGUAUGAGAAUUUAAUUUAGAUUCAUAAGUUUGUUACUUUAUUUAAUAUAUUUAAGCAUGUUUAAUCAUUAAAUAUGAACACAAAAAUGGAUUAUGUUGUAAUAUUAGUUUAGUACAUAAACAUAAAGAUAGAUAAUAAUUUAGCAUGUAUUUAGUAUCUAACUGCAUUAAAAAACUGAAGCAUCUAUAUUUGUGGGUUACACUAUUUUGCUUCUAAUCACUUCUUAUUCUAUUAAAAAAAAACAUGUUUUCAGUCACAUAAAUAGAAAUGAAGACUGUUUAAUAUGAAUAGUUUGUGUAACUUUAUUGUGUUUUAUUUUGUUUCUCAAAAAAAGGAAAACAAAAAAGGGGGGGACUUCUGUUCCCCCAAUCCUAAAGGGAAAAGGAAUUUUUAUUUGAAUUUCAGUUUUGUAUUCAGGAUUGUAUAGUUUUCUUUAAUUAUAUGUAUGUAUGUGUUAUAUAUUUAUACUGUGUCAGUUUUAUAGUUUCCCAUCUUUUUGUUGUAUUGUUAAUAUAAAUUACUUAUUUUGUGAUAAAAAUGUAUAUGGAAGUUAUAAUGUGAUAUGCAUUAGAUUAGUCUCCAAAAUGCUUUUUGUUCCUUUCAAUUCCUCCCCACCCCCUCUUGAAUGUAUCAAAAUUCAGUUAGUUACACAUAUGCAUUUCCUUUCGCAGUGGAAUUUAAUUAAAAUGGAAAUUUUUACAAAGAAUAUUACUUAUGAUAAUGCUGUCUUGGUAUAAAAGCACAUGAUAAAUGAACUACUGAACAUUUGAAAUUCUGUUAUGAAUAACUUUCAUUGUGUUUAAUAUUUUGCUUUAGUAACCCAUUGUAGUUAUGUGGAACGUAUAAAUGAGACAGACAUGAACGAUGAAUCUUUGCGAUCUCCAUAGUCUUAGAAUAAGUUAUGUUUCUGUGUAAGGUAAAAAUGUUUUACUUAUGAAAUGGUAAAACACCGAAUUAAUUCUAUUUUUACACUUAGAAUUUUAUGCUUUAGUUCUGAUGAAAGGGACAAAAAAAAAAAGAAAACAUUUUGAACAUGCAAAAUACGUGUAAAUAAUAAAUAAAAUUAUCAGAAAACUAAAGUUAAGCUUGUAAUCAUUGUAUUACAUGCUUAACUUUAGUUUUCUGAUAAUUUUAUUUAUUAUUUACAUGUAUUUAUAUAUUAUAUACAUGUAUAUUUUCUUAUAUGAGUAUUCCACAUAAAUAAAAUAUGCAUUUAGCAGGAAAAAAAUAACUUUACAGAACAACAAAUGUAGUUAAAAAUGUUUUAGAUUAGUAUAUACAGCAUUGGCUUAACCUUUAUUUGGCGUAAUGUAAAAAGUCUGACAUAUUAAGACUGAUGUAUCUGUCAUGCAUUUAAUUUCAUAGAAUAUUUAUGUGAUUUCAUGUUGCAGCAUGAAAUCUCAGGUUAUAUGUCAUGAAUUUUUUUAACUCAAAUAUGCAUUUUGAAUCAUUCUCAUGCUGUGCACAAAAGCUGUUGUAUAUGUACCAUGAAGGCAUUUUGAGACUGGCUGUACGAAAUCAUCUGCACCUGCAACAACGAUCAAUGUACUCUUUCCACUUGCCUGUAAGUGGAAUGGUUUCAGAUGUUAAAAUUUACAGCACUGCUUACUAGUUAUGUUGAUAGUUAAUGAAGUAAUUCUGUCAUGAAAGUACAGUUUUUAUGAAUUUAUGCAUGGUGUAUGUAUUUCAGUUUGAAAAGGGUAUUAAAAUUUUUGCCUGUAUUUUCAGCCUUAUACUUACAUAAAUCAGAGUUUCUGCAAUGAAAAUAGUAAUAUCUAAAUAGAGAUAUUGAUGCAUGUUGCUACUUUUUAACCUUAAAAGCACAUCAUAAUAUAACUCUGUGGAACACAGCUAUAACAGAUUUUACUUUAAAAGCUGAGGCUUUAAUGUUAUAAUACUUAAAGCAACUGUAAUAGUUCAGAACUAUAAUAAUUGUGUUGUAAGGUCACAGAUGAUCUGUUUAGUGUAUUGGUAAUUGCUGUUUUGAAAAUGUCGAAACGGAAAACAAGUUUUAUUGGUUUAAAAGCGCAUAAUUAGGUAUAAAUAUUCUGCAAGGAGUUAUUCAAGAAAUCUUUCAAAAUAUUGUUUAGUGAAAUAGUAGCUCAGUUUAAUUAUACAAGCAACUACAAUAAUUAACUAUUAAAUAAGGUGUAUUAUUUAUACCAGUGUUGGCCAGUUUUAUAUCUUUGGACAAACUGCACAUUUUGUUUCAUUUAGAAAAUGCUUUUGAAUAUCCCCUUGAAUUAUGAACAGCAGAUAUUUCAAAAUUCUUGUGGUUCUGAUUUCAGUUUAUUUUCUUAUAAAGGUAGCCCACAUGAAAGUAGAUGUUAGGAAGUAAUAAGAAGAAUUAAUUUUAUUAACUUUGCCGUGGGCCACACUGAUUUGCGCUAAUCAAGAACUGUUUAUUUCUUGUUUUUACAAUUUUUUCAGUAAAUUUUAUCAAUCUUUCUUAUCGUGUUUUUAUUCUUAUGAUCUGAAAAGGCAUUUUUAAAUGCAUAUAUUUUUCUUUCUUAGCUUUUAUUUUCAUUUUCAUAAUAUUAACUAAAUGAAUAGAAGUGUGAAAAUAUACAAAUUCAAGGUCAGUAAAAAUAAAUUUUAUUUACUUGGCCAUGGGCUGUCGCUGAUUUUCACUUAUUAAAAAAUUUUAGUUCUACUUUUUUACAAUUUUGACAAUAAAUUUUGUCAAUCUGUUUUAUUUUUAUUCUUAGGCUCUGAAAAAGUAUUUUUAAAUGUAUAUUUUCCCCCUGUCUGUAUAUUUUUUAAAUGUAUAUUUGUUAUUUUCAUUUUCAUAAUAUUAACUAAACGUUUAAAAGUGUGAAAAUAUACAAAUUCAAGAAUUUGGUCAGUAAAAAUAAACGUUGUUUACUUGGCCAUGGGCUGUAACUUUUUUAUUUAGUUGUACUUUUUUACAAUUUUGCCAGUAAAUUUUAUCAAUCUUUUUUUUAUUUUAUUUUUAUUCUUAUGAUCUGAAGAAGCAUUUUUAAAUGUAUACUUUUUUCCUCUCGUAGCUUUUAUGUUUUAAUUUUCACCAUAUCAACUUGCAAGUGUAUGUGCAUUAGUAUCUUAAAGUCUGCUAAAAGAUUUUUUUUUUUUUUUUUUGUUUGCAUACAAGGAAAAUAAAUUACCAUUAAAAAUAAAGUAUACUGCAAUUUGUAUACUACACUUGCCAUUCUAGUUUUUAAUUAAAUGUGGAAUGUUUUAUGUAGUUUUGCAAUGAAAUUGUGAUAUGUGUAUGAGAUGCUGAUAUUAAGAGAAAUUUAAAGAGAUAUAUAUGUAAAUAUCAUUUGUAAUAAAGGUUGUAUUAUCUGUA